AAUCCAAUCCCAAAAUUAAACGACCAAACGCCGGGUGAGGGAGAGAGAGAUGCAAAAGAGGGAGCAAAACAAGUCUAGUGGCGGAGGUGGCGGAGCCUCGCAGCCGCCGGCGAAGAGAGGCCGCCCAUUUGGCAGCGGCGGAAACAGCGCCGCAGCUGCUGCCGCUUCCACCGACGACACGGCAGCUCUGUCGACUCUCCUUGGUCCUUCCCUUCACGUCCACAGUUCCUUCGCCGAUCAGAACAAUAAAAGGAUAGUCCUGGCUCUUCAAAGCGGCUUGAAGAGUGAGCUGACAUGGGCGUUGAACACUCUCACAUUACUCUCUUUUAAAGAAAAAGAUGACAUGCGCAAAGACGCAACCCCUCUUGCCAAGAUUCCUGGGUUGCUUGAUGCUCUCCUCAGCGUUGUUGAUGAUUGGCGUGAUAUAGCCCUUCCAAAAGAACAUGUAAAGGCCCCCAGAGUAAGAACUUUGGGUGCAAAUUUGGUUGUAACAGGGUUUGGAAAUGAGUACGAGGCAUUGGGUUCAAAUGGCAAUGUCCCGCAUCCUGGCUUGGGAUCCGGUACUCAAGAAGCAUUAGUGCUGAGUGCUGUGACCAAACUCCGUGCUUCUUCGGAGUGGUGGCAUGAUGAAGAUGGUCUGUUUAACCUAGAUGAAGAAGGUCGAGCAGAAAGGCAGCAGUGUGCUGUUGCUGCUUCAAAUAUCAUUCGCAACUUCUCUUUCAUGCCAGAAAAUGAAGUCAUUAUGGCCCAACAUCGCCAUUGUCUGGAAACAGUGUUCCAGUGCAUAGAAGAUUAUGUCUCAGAGGAUGAGGAACUUGUGACAAAUUCUCUUGAGACACUUGUGAAUUUGGCUCCGUUGCUUGACCUUGGAAUUUUCAGCUCAUCAAAGCCAUCCUACAUAAAGAUAACAGGAAAACGUGCAGUUCAAGCCAUCAUGGGGAUGCUGGGGUCUGUAGUCAAAACCUGGCAUUGUGCUGCAGCUGAGUUACUUGGGCGUUUGGUCAUAAACCCUGAUAAUGAACCGUUCCUUCUUCCCUUUGUUCCACAGAUACACAAGAGAUUGGUUGAUCUUAUGAGCUUACCAUCGGUAGAUGCACAAACAGUGCAUGGGGCCCAAGCGGCUGCAGUUGGUGCACUCUACAACCUCGCUGAAGUGAAUAUGGACUGCAGGCUAAAACUUGCUAGUGAGCGAUGGGCCAUUGAUCGAUUGUUAAAAGUCAUCAAGCAACCCCAUCCAGUUCCUGAAGUUUGCAGGAAAGCUGCGAUGAUAUUGGAAAGCCUUGUGUCUGAACCACAGAACCGAGCGUUGCUGCUAGCUUAUGAGAAUGCAUUUGCUGAGAUAGUAUUCUCAGAUGCCAGGUAUUCUGAUACCUUUGCCAGGAUUUUGUAUGAAGUGACGUCUAGACCUAACCACAAAGUGGCAGCAGCCCGUGGUGUUUGGGGCAUGUAACUAAUAAUUGUGUCCUCUGAUGAAUUUUCUCUGUAUAAAAAGUAUUGGAUUGUUCGCCUGCUGACAGGUAAGUCUAGGAUCUAAUGUUUGUAGCAGUUGUCUUAAGAAAAUUUAGUCAGAUCCUUAAGUGGUACUCCCCUUCAAAUACUCCAUUGCGUAAUUUGCAAAAAUUUUUUUUUAAUGAGAAACUAAACUGUUGUUCUGUGUA